CGGCCGAACUUAACCUCCUGCAGGAACCAAGUGGCUUGGGCCCAGCGCUCGCUCAUCUCCAGCGCACGCAGCCUGGUGGGGCUGCCCACGGAGCUUGACCUGGGGUAGAACCUGUCCAGUUGCGCGUGUUCCAGAAGUCCGACUACCUUGACGUACACUUGGGAGAGCUGGCUUUGAGCCGCUUCUAGCUCCAAAGCGCCCGCCCACCUCCUGCCGCUCCCCAUGCACCUGCCCGGCUGCGCGCCUGCCAUGGCCGAGGGGAGCUUCUCGCUCUCUGGCCACUUGCUCCGCAGCCCAGGUGGGAGCACAUCGAGGCUGCACAGCAUCGAGGCCAUCCUGGGGUUUACUAAGGACAACGGGAUCCUUGGCACCUUCCCGGCGGAGCGGGGCUCCAAGGGCGCGAAGGAGCGAGAGAGAAGGCUGAGUGCGCGGCCUGCCUGCCCCAAGUCCCCCGGGGAAGGCGAGGAGCCCUCGCCCCCGCCAGCCCCAGCGCCCAUCCCGGAGUACGAAGCCUCUCGUCCCUAUUGCCCCAAGGAGCACGGAGAGGCACGUCCGAACCCAGGGCUCCCGGUCGGGCCAGCUACCGGCGACGCUAAACUGUCGGAGGAGGAGCAGCCGAAGAAGAAGCACCGGCGGAACCGCACGACUUUCACCACGUACCAGCUGCACGAGCUGGAGCGCGCGUUCGAGAAGUCCCACUACCCCGACGUGUACAGCCGCGAGGAGCUGGCCGGCAAAGUCAACCUACCCGAGGUCCGGGUGCAGGUGUGGUUCCAGAACCGACGGGCCAAGUGGCGGCGCCAGGAGAAGCUGGAGGUGUCGUCCAUGAAGCUGCAGGACUCGCCCCUCCUCUCCUUCAGCCGCUCCCCGCCCUCCGCCGCCCUGGCGCCCCUCGGGGCGGGCCCGGGCGGCGGCGGCGGGCCUCCCGGGGGCGCCCUGCCUCUGGAGUCCUGGCUCGGGCCGCCGUUACCCGGCGGGGGCGCCACGGCGCUGCAGAGCCUGCCGGGCUUCGGGCCGCCGGCGCAGACCCUGCCCGCCAGCUACACGCCGCCGCCGCCGCCGCCGCCUUUCCUGAACUCCCCUCCGCUGGGCCCCGGCCUGCAGCAGCUCGGGCCGCCGCCUCCUGCCUACCCGUGCGGCCCCGGCUUCGGGGACAAGUUUCCGCUGGACGAGGCGGACCCGCGCAACAGCAGCAUCGCGGCUCUGCGCCUGAAAGCCAAAGAGCACAUCCAGGCCUUCGGGAAGCCGUGGCAGGCCCUCUAGGGGACCUGGGGAGCGUGCUGGGAGCCGACCCAGCCGCGCUCACCGUGCCCGCACCUCUCUCCCCGGACCUCUCACUCGGCCCCUCUCCGCGCCCCGCCUGCGCGCCACCGACCAGGCUGGGGGCCGGGCCACGCAUCUGCUCCAGAUGCAUGGGGCGAGGCCAAGCCUCAGCCCGGAGAGGACCCCAGGCCUCCACCACGGACCCUCAGUCCUGCUUCCAGAGGGGAAGAGACUGCCUGGCUCCCGCUGACCCCAUUCCUGCGGGCGCCGGCGCCUCCAGGCCCAAGGGGGCCCGUGCUCCCGACCUUUGCAAUUCCCGGGGAAGAGGAAAUCAGAAAAAUAGAGUUUGAGAAACUGUCUAAGUAGGUUCGAAGUAUU